AUGGCGCGCCCACUUCGACUCUUACGAUGGCUCCUGCUGGGCGCCUUGGCGUGGCAGAUGAGCACCUUCGUGGCACCUAGAACUGCCCGGGGCACUCAGGACGUGAGCAACCCAGUGGCACUUCACGCAGAACGGCCAAAGCCGAUGAACCAAGAAGGCCGACAGACCUUGGCCGAGCUGCUGGCGCCUGCUGAUCAGCUCUUCGAGGAGACGGAAGAUGGGAUGAUCUUGCGUGAGAAGUAUGCGGGCGGUCGGCAGCCCAGCUCCGUGUUUUGGGCUGUGGUGCAGCCAGCAGUGUCCUUGGGUUUCUUGGUGGUGGGAUUGUCCGCCUUUUUCGGGGAGCCCAUCGUGGAUUGGACCCCCAUCACUGCGCAGUACCUGGGCUUCUUGCGGCCCAGCGAGGGGAUCAACUUCCUCCCACAGGGCGCCUUCAUGUGUUUCUAUGGCUUCUUCGGCUUUUUUGUCUUCGGUCCCAUCCAGUGGUACAUCAACAUCUUCAACAUUGGUCAGGGCGUUUGUGAGUUCAACAAGAACGAUGGCAUGAUGUACAUUGUGCGGAACAACGAGAUGAUUCGCGAGGUGCCCUUGGAAGACUUCCAAGCUGUGAAGUUCGAGUGGACCAACUUGGCCGUCUUGGGUGCGCGGGAUGUGUACCUCAUUUGCCAGGAUGGAAAGGAGAUCCAUUUCAUGGACGAUCCCGAAGUGUACAGCAAGUUUGUGCUGGAGAAGCGUGCCGCCAAGUUGUCGGAGUUCUUGAAUGUGGAGCUGAUCGUUGACGAUGCCUGA